AUGAAACAGUAUUUUAUGAAUCCUCUAGUGUUUGCAGCUCCUAUACCAGGGAAACCUCUGAUUUUGUAUACGACAGCUUUAAGUGAAUCUCUUGGCGCCUUAUUAGCCCAAUAUAAUGAGGAAGGAAAAGAGAAUGCACUAUAUUAUCUGAGUAGACGUUUACUCCCCACCGAAGUAAAUUAUCCUCCGAUCGAGAAACAUUGUCUGGCUUUAAUCUUCGCCGCUCAGAAGUUAAGGCACUAUAUGCUUUCUCACAAAGUAAAUCUCAUAUCCAGAAUAAAUCCUUUGCAGUAUUUGAUGACUCGGCCGACAUUAUCAGGAAGACUAGCCCGCUGGUCAAUGAUAUUAUCGCAAUUCGACAUUAUAUUUACCCUGUUACGAGCAGUCAAAGGACGGGCAAUAGCAGAUUUCUUAGCAGCUUAUCCUACUGAGGAUGAUUUCCCGAUAAAUGAUGAACUACCAGAUGAACAAGUAAUAGAACUCGAGAAAAAUGAGAAGUUCACCUGGGAAUUCUAUUUUGACGGUGCUGCUUCUAUUCAGCAAGGAGAAUCAGAGGAAACUUUGCCCGGUCAGGCAGGAAUUGGUAUUGUGUUCGUUACACCUGAUAGAGGUAUCAUGUAUUACUCCUAUCACUUGUCAGAAUCACGUACCAAUAACGAAGCUGAAUAUGAAACAUUGAUAACUGGUUUAGAAUUGACUAUUUUGAAUGGGAUCGAAGAAAUCAAGAUCUUUGGAGAUUCACAGCUUGUUAUCAAUCAGAUCGCGAGAAUCUUUAAAGUAUUAAAAAACACCUUAGUCCCUUACCAUCAGUAUGUCAUGCAUCUUUUAGAACAGAUUUUGAAUGUCACAUUGUAUCGAAUUCCUCGAGGAAAAAAUUCCACAGCCGAUGCUCUUGCCAAACUGGCUAAAGCACUGGCAUUCCCCGAAGAAGAUUCGAUCCCGAUAGAAGUACAAGGUCGACAAGUCCUUUCUCCUAUAGAUCUGGAACACAUAAGCAGAGAAUGUUCAACUGAGGUGAAAAUUGUUUCGGCAGUAAACGACGAAGGUUUAGAUUGGAGAAAACCAUUCAUCGAAUACUUGCAAGAAAACAAGCUCCCUCAGGAGAAAUCAGCAGCAGAUAAGAUCAAAAGAAGAUCACUAUCCUACAGUUUGAUUAACAAUACCCUAAACAAAAGAUCAUUUGACCAAAUGUGGUUGCGGUGUUUGAAUAAAUCAGAAGCACAAAAGAUCGUAGAAGAAGUGCAUGCUGGUUUAUGUGGUGCACACCAAUCCGGUCCAAAGAUGAAAAUGAAGAUCAAACGGAUGGGAUACUACUGGCCAUCAAUGAUAGAUGACUGUAUGAAAAUUGCACGUCACGGUCAUCAAUGCCAGGUGCACGGUGUAGUUCUUCAUCAACCCCCGAAUGUUUUACAUCCAACCAUUGCUUCUUGGCCUUUUGAAAGCUGGGGCACCGACAUUAUUGGUUCGAUAGAUCCUCCAUCCUCCAGAGGUCAUAGAUUCAUUCUAGCAGCUACAGAUUAUUUUUCCAAAUGUGCAGAAGCUGUUCCUUUGAGAGAAGUUAAAGCUCAGCAAGUUCUAAAAUUUUUCAAAGAGAAUGUCGUGUACCGAUUCGGUGUCCCUCAUUGGAAUAUCUUAGAUAACGGUCGUUCAUUCAGGAAUACUAAAAUUAAAAGCUUUUCCAAACGACAUAACAUCGAUUGGAGAUAUUCAACCAUCUAUUACCCUCGGGCAAAUGGAUUGGCGGAGGCCUUCAAUAAGACUUUGAUUCAGAUCUUAAAGAAAACUUUAGAUGACAAUAAGCGUCAAUGGCAUGAGAAGUUGGUUGAAGCUUUAUGGGCAUAUCGUACCACAUAUAGAACUCUGACUCAAUCUACGACAUUUGCUUUAGUUUUUAGUUCAGAAGCAGUCAUUCCUUUAGAAGUCCAACUGCCCUCGCUCAGAGUUGUAGUGAAUUACCAGAUCAAUACAGAACAGAAUGCAAGACUCGGAUUAGAAGAACUCGAAGGUUUAGAAGAGAAGCGUUUACAGGCUCAACAGAACCUCAAGUUAUACAAAGCUAAGAUGAUACAAGCUCACGACAAAUUAGUUCAUCCCAGAACUUUUCAAGUAGGAGACUUGGUUUUAGUUCUUUGA